AUGGCACCCGCGGCAGUUGACACCAUCACUUCGGCUAGAGCCCCCUCUACGAGGCGCGCCUAUGCCAUGAAGUGGAGUCUGUUCGUUGAGUGGUGUUCCUCCCGCCGGGAGGACCCCCGGAAAUGCCCGAUCGGUGUUGUGCUUUCCUUCCUUCAAGAGGGUUUAGAACGGAGGCUGUCCCCUUCCACCCUGAAGGUCUAUGUGGCCGCCAUCGCAGCGCAUCACGAUGUGCUUGAUGGCAAGUCACUAGGAAAGCACGACCUGAUCAUCAGGUUCCUCAGAGGCGCCAGGAGGUUAAAUCCCCCUAGGCCUCGCCUCAUUCCCUCCUGGGACCUCUCUGUCGCCCUCUCGGGCCUCCGGAGAGCUCCCUUCGAGCCCCUUGAGUCAGCUGAGCUGAAACACCUGUCUCUCAAGACAGUGCUCCUGACCGCGCUCGCCUCCUUCAAGAGGGUUGGGGACCUGCAAGCAUUUUCGACAAACACAGAGGAGACGAAUAACAUCACCACACCUGAAAAAUUUACAAACUCCACAACUCAGUCCAUUGGUCUAAUGGACAGUCUGGAAAUCUGUGUGUACAGCAUCAAUUUGUUUUUUAGUCUUCCUGCAAACUCCUAUAUUAUAUGGCUCAUCAUCACAGGAACACUAAGUGGAGUUGCAUCAGAGUUCUUCAUCCUCAAUCUCUGUGUUUGUGAACUUGGUAUCUGUCUGAAUGGUUUGGUUUUUAGACUGUCAAGGUGGAUCUCAAGCCUUGAGAUAACUGAUGGUUUUUUAAUGGGACUUACAUUCACAGGGCGUCCUCUGUUUCAGUGUCUGAUAUCUGUUGAGCGUUACCUGGCAGUGGUUCAUCCUGUAACCUUUCUGAAGUACAAACCUCUCAGAUAUAGAGUGAUCUGCUGCACUGCUAUUUGGAUUAUUAUUCUUGGCUCAUGUUUGGUCUGCAUGUAUAAUUUAGCCUCAGACAAAAUUUGUGCACAUGUAUGGUUCUUGACCAUGCAGCUUACACUGGUCAUCUCCAUCCAGUUGUUUUGUCUUGUGGUUGUUCUCAGAGCUCUGAAGCAGUCAGGACCAGGAGAGAGAAGGAGAGCGAGAGAGGAGGAAAACCACAUGAAGAGAAGAGCAUUUCAUCUCAUUCUAGUAACUACUGUGAACAUGAUUAUCCUAUAUUUCCCACUUACAAUCACAGGAAUCUCUGUCAUUCUGACAGCAGACAAUUCUCCAACAGUUUGGUUCACUAGUUUGACUUGUUUUAUUCUGGCUGGUUUUGUUCAGCCUGUUAUUUAUCUGCACAGAACUGUAAAACUCUCCUGCCUCUGUUCAUCUUAA